AUGAACAAGAACGAAGAUCUUCGCACUAAAUAUCCACCAUUCGAAUCAUCAUCACACUUCAACAUCAUACAUCUUCAUUACAAAUCAACAAUUGAUACGUUAAAUCAAUUAAUUUCGAAGGCAUAUAAAACGAAAAGAUACGUCGUCGACACGGAAUCACAAAAAGGUGAAACAGAAAGACAUGGUGCGCUGAUACAAAUACAAUUUCUUCAUUCCAGUGGCCAGUCAACGAUAAUAUUAAUCGAAAUCAAUUAUUUACCCGACAAACAAUCAAAUUUAUACAAAAAAAUAAUAGAAUUAUGUGAAAUUAUAUUCAACAAUGGCAAUGAAGUUCUAGCAUGGGGACCAUUAGCGAACGAAUUUACAAAUUUUCAUCAUCUCGACCUCAUCCACAUAGGUAAGAACAUUAUACCAAUUAAUCUGCAAUCUUUAUUUAGUUCUGGAAAAAACAUACAAAUAACGCAUCCAGAAAUGGAAAGGCGUGAUGAAAUAACCGCGGACACAUCGUAUUAUCCAUACGAUACACCCGGUGAUAAUGAUGAUAUGGACGACGAACAACAAAUUAAUGAUAUUCUUUUUGGUUCGCAUCGUCAAACUCAUGUUAAUUCGAAUGAUAUAUGGUCUCUGCAGAAAGCCAUUGAAACAACGUUUGGAAAAUUUCUGGAUAAAUUCGAAACGGUUAACUAUUGGAAAUGUGGGUUGGAUUUGCAGCUGAACACGUGGGAACAAAAAUUAUUCAGCAAACACCAUUAUGAUAAAACAACUGAACAACAACGACGGUUAAGCAUGAUUCAAUAUGUUGCACACGACUGUCUUGCCGUUGCUGACUUAUACUUCCAUAAGUAUCCAGAAAAAAUCAAUGACCACCACAUACCAGAACAAACAACAACAUCAACAAACAUCAUCAAAAACCUGAAAGACGACCUAUCAGAAGUAAGCGAUGAUGAAAUUAUUCAAAUUCUAAAACCUAGAUUUGAUCAACCACAACCAACACCACAAGCACAACACGACGAAAUGCCAAUUUUGAUGAUCGAAGUAACACCUGAAGAAAUGGAAACAUUUGAUUUACCCGACGUACAAAUCAAACAACAACAACAACAACAACAACAACCACAAAUAACAACAACUUUAACCAAAGCUGAACGACAACGGAAAAAGAGCAUCAAAUUGAAAUGGAAGCAAAAACGUCACCCCAACUUCCAAAACAAAAUUAAACGUCCAAUUUAUUAUCGAUAUGACUAUCAAAAAAUUCGAAGUCAAUUAAAGGACGACAACAUACACACCAGUCACCAGAUUACAAUCAACAAAAACAAAGGGGAGGAUGAUCAUAGUGAUGAAGAUAAUUGUCCAUUAUGCUCAAUGAUUAAAACCCCGAAUAGUUUAUUAUGUCGUUCCGAUGAAAUUUGGUGUUUACCAAUGACGAAUGCAACCGAUAAAAUAGAUCCAACCGGUGUUUGUAUUCCACAUGAACAAAAUGCUCAAUAUCAUGGUGAAAUUCUACUUGAUAAUUCUACUCUUUCUAAUCGUGAAUCUUUAUGUUUGAUAAUCAUGGCGAAAGAAAAACAUAAAAUCAAAAUAACAAUAAAUCAAAAUAAUUUUCUUAAUCAACGACCUGAUUUAGAAUUUUUAAUUUAUGAUGGUAGUGAACAACAAAACAAAUUACUUAUCUCCAAAAAUAUUAUACGUCAACGUUCAAUAGAAAAUUUAAAUAAAAUUUUUAUAGGUCAACAAAGUCAACCAUAUAAUAUUUUAGCUAAUAUAACAUGGUUAACAAGUUUAGGUCCAUAUAAUCAAAUGCUUUGUAGUAAUCAUUAUGAAAUAAAAUGUUAUUCAAUUCAACAACUCCAACGUCUUCAACACCUACAACAUCUUCAACAUCUUCAUCUGAACCACAAGCACCACAAGUAA